AACGAGAGUUUGGGGAUAUAAUUUUGAUCCCGUUUUACCGUUCGUGGAUUAUUUCUUGUGCACCGGCACCGUUAACACAUCUGGGCACAUGCACAACCAGCUGUCUUGGAUGGAUUCUAAAUAAAGAGGGCUCUGCUGCAGGAUGACAAUAUGGCCGCCCCGCUGCUCGCACCCCCAGGCCCCGAUAGCUUCAAAAAAUUCACCCCGGAGUCUUUGGCCAACAUCGAGAAGCGCAUCGCUGAGGAGAAGAAGAAGAAACCCGUCAAACCGCGGUCUGACAGCAGUCAUCGUGACGAUGACGAGAACAAUGGGCCGAAGCCCAACAGCGACCUGGAGGCAGGGAAGGGCCUGCCCUUUAUCUACGGGGAUGUCCCCUCGAACAUGGUGGCAGUGCCCCUGGAGGACUUGGACCCCUUCUAUUUGAACAAGAAAACCUUUAUAGUGCUAAACAAAGGGAAAACGAUCUUCCGUUUCAGUGCCACACCCUCGUUGUAUAUCAUCAGCCCCUUUAGUCUGCUCAGGCGAAUAGCUAUUAAAAUUUUGAUACAUUCAGUUUUCAGCAUGAUCAUAAUGUGCACCAUUUUAACCAACUGUGUGUUCAUGACAUUCAGCAACCCGCCAGAAUGGUCCAAACAAGUCGAGUACACGUUUACAGGGAUUUACACGUUCGAGUCUCUCACAAAGAUUGUGGCUCGAGGAUUUUGUAUAGACGGCUUUACGUUUCUCAGAGAUCCCUGGAACUGGCUGGACUUUAUGGUCAUCUCCAUGGCAUAUAUAACAGAGUUUGUGGACCUCGGGAAUGUGUCCGCCCUGAGAACCUUCAGGGUUCUACGAGCUCUCAAAACUAUUUCUGUCAUACCAGGGCUGAAGACUAUCGUGGGAGCUCUGAUCCAGUCGGUGAAGAAGCUCUCGGAUGUGAUGAUCCUGACGGUGUUCUGUCUCAGUGUGUUUGCUCUCAUUGGCCUGCAGCUCUUUAUGGGGAACCUGAGGCAGAAGUGUGUGUUCUGGCCAAUCAGCAAUGAGACAGUAACCUACCUGUCCAAUGGGAGCGUAGGAUUCGACUUUGAUGAAUAUAUCAUGAAUGAUACAAAUUUCUACUUUCUGCCAACUGGUGGAGAUGCUUUACUGUGUGGGAAUAGCUCUGAUUCUGGACGCUGUCCUGAGGGUUACACAUGUAUGAAGGCAGGUCGUAAUCCUAACUACGGCUACACCAGCUUUGACUCGUUUGGCUGGGCGUUCCUCGCUCUCUUCCGACUCAUGACACAGGAUUUCUGGGAAAAUCUGUACCAGCUGACCCUUCGAGCUGCAGGAAAGACCUACAUGAUCUUCUUCGUGCUGGUGAUCUUUGUGGGUUCCUUUUACCUGGUGAAUCUGAUCCUGGCUGUAGUGGCCAUGGCCUAUGAGGAGCAGAACCAGGCCACCAUGGAAGAGGCUGCACAGAAAGAGGAAGAGUUUAAAGCCAUGUUGGAGCAGCUCAAGAAACAGCAGGAGGAAGCUCAGGCCAACGCCAUGGCCACGUCAGCAGGGACAGUAUCUGAGGAUGCCGUGGAGGAUGACAGAGGUGGACAUCUGUCACGCAGCUCCUCUGAGGUGUCCAAGCUGAGCUCUAAAAGUGCCAAGGAGCGACGGAACAGGAAGAAAAAGUGGAGGAAAGAGCAGGAGAAGGAGAAAGGAGACAGUGAGAAGGUGGUGAAAUCCGAGUCAGACGAUGGCAGCAAGAGGAGUCGCUUCCGUUUCCCUGACAACCGGCUGCACAGAAAGACCUCUAUCAUGAACCAGUCUUUGUUAAGUAUACCUGGCUCCCCCUUCAUGUCCCGCCAUAACAGUCGCAGCUCCAUCUUCAGCUUUAAGGGUCGUCCGCGGGACGUCGGCUCCGAGAACGAGUUUGCGGAUGACGAGCACAGCACGGUGGAAGAGAGCGAAGACCGCCGAGGUUCCCUCUUCAUCCCAUACCGCCGCAACAGCUACAGCGGUUACAGCCAGGGCUCAUCACGCAUCAACCCGCUUGCACCACACACGGGCUGCAAGAGGAACAGCACGGUCGACUGCAAUGGCGUGGUGUCUCUGAUCGGGCCCGGGCCCGGACGCCUUCUGCCUGAGACGACUGAGGUGGACAUGAAGAGAAAACACUCAGGAUCUCUCAUGGUGUCUGUGGAUCAGCUGAACACAUCAUUCGGGCGUAAAGAGCGAGCCAACAGCGUGAUGACUGUUAUCACUAACACCCUGGUGGAAGAGCUGGAGGAGUCUCAGAGAAAGUGUCCUCCGUGCUGGUACAAGUUUGCCAACACGUUUCUAAUCUGGGAAUGUUGUCCACUCUGGCUGAAAAUUAAGGAGAUUGUCAAUCUGAUAGUCAUGGACCCGUUUGUGGAUUUGGCCAUUACUAUAUGUAUCGUGCUGAACACUGUGUUCAUGGCGAUGGAGCACUAUCCCAUGACCGAGGAGUUUGAGGGCGUUCUAAGUGUAGGAAAUCUGGUUUUCACGGGUAUUUUCACAGCUGAGAUGUUUGCAAAGCUGAUAGCGAUGGACCCGUAUUACUACUUCCAGGAAGGCUGGAACAUAUUUGAUGGCUUUAUUGUGAGCCUGAGUCUGGUGGAGUUGGGGCUUGCUGAUGUUGAGGGACUGUCAGUGCUGAGAUCCUUCAGAUUGCUGAGGGUCUUCAAACUGGCUAAGUCAUGGCCCACCCUGAACAUGCUGAUCAAGAUCAUCGGGAACUCAGUGGGUGCUCUGGGAAACCUGACCCUGGUGCUGGCCAUCAUCGUCUUCAUCUUCGCUGUGGUGGGCAUGCAGCUGUUUGGGAAGAGUUACAAGGACUGUGUGUGUAAAAUCGCCUCAGAUUGCGACCUGCCACGCUGGCACAUGCACGACUUUUUCCACUCGUUCCUGAUUGUGUUCCGCGUGCUGUGUGGAGAAUGGAUCGAGACCAUGUGGGACUGCAUGGAGGUGGCGGGACAGAGCAUGUGCCUCAUUGUCUUCAUGAUGGUCAUGGUCAUCGGAAACUUAGUGGUUCUGAAUCUGUUCCUGGCUCUGCUGCUCAGCUCGUUCAGCGCUGAUAAUCUGGCUGCCACGGAUGAUGAUGGGGAGAUGAACAACCUACAGAUCUCCGUGAUCCGGAUUAAAAAGGGCAUCGCCUGGUUCAAGAUCCACAUGCGGCUGCUGGUGGCUCACGUUCUAAAGAAGUCGCCUCUGGAAGACGAGGACAAGCCUUUGGAUGACAUGUAUGAGAAAAAACUGAACAUCAUUGGCAACCACACAGGAGUGGACAUAAAAUGCGGUGAUCUCGACUUCGCCAAGAACGGUAACGGCACCACCAGCGGCAUCGGCAGCAGUGUGGGCAAGUACAUGAUCGAUGAGGACCGAAUGUCCUUCAUCCACAAUCCAAACCUGACUGUGCGCGUCCCCAUCGCCGUCGGCGAGUCGGACUUUGAGAACCUGAACACGGAGGACUUCAGCAGCGAAUCGGAUGUGGAGAACAGCAAAGAUCUGGACGACACAAGCUCAUCAGAGGGCAGCACUAUAGACAUAAAGCCGGAGGAGGAAGAGGCGGGGGCGGUGGAGGUGGUGGAGGAGUAUCUGGACCCGGAGGCAUGCUGGACAGACGCCUGUGUGGCACGCUAUAAGUGCUGUGAUGUGUCCAUCACCGAGGGUUGGGGGAAACACUGGUGGUACCUGAGAAAAACCUGCUACCUCAUUGUAGAGCACAACUGGUUUGAGACUCUCAUCAUCUUCAUGAUCCUACUAAGCUCUGGGGCUCUGGCGUUUGAGGACGUGUAUAUAGAACAGAGGAAAACCGUUCAGAUCAUUCUGGAAUACGCAGAUCGAGUGUUCACCUACAUCUUCAUCCUGGAAAUGCUGCUCAAAUGGGUCGCUUACGGAUUUGUCAAAUAUUUCACAAAUGCCUGGUGCUGGCUCGACUUCUUCAUCGUAGACGUGUCUAUAGUCAGCCUUAUAGCUAAUGCGCUGGGGUACUCAGACUUGGGCCCCAUUAAGUCCCUGAGGACUUUGCGGGCCCUCAGGCCCCUGAGAGCUUUGUCCCGGUUUGAGGGAAUGAGGGUUGUGGUGAACGCUCUGGUGGGGGCCAUCCCAUCCAUCAUGAACGUGCUGUUGGUGUGUCUGAUCUUCUGGCUCAUCUUCAGUAUCAUGGGGGUGAACCUGUUUGCUGGAAAGUACUACUACUGUUUUAAUGCGACGUCAGAGGUAUAUUUCGAGACCACGGACGUCAACAACAAGACGGAAUGUUUUGCACUCAUCAAUUCCAAUCACAGUGAGGUUCGCUGGAAAAACGUCAAGAUCAACUUUGAUAACGUGGGCGCUGGAUAUCUGGCACUCCUACAAGUGGCCACAUUUAAAGGUUGGAUGGACAUCAUGUACGCAGCUGUGGAUUCCAGAAAGGUUGAAGAUCAGCCGAAAUAUGAAGACAAUCUGUACAUGUACAUUUAUUUUGUCAUCUUCAUCAUCUUUGGCUCGUUCUUUACACUUAAUCUCUUCAUCGGUGUCAUCAUCGACAACUUCAACCAACAGAAGAAAAAGUUUGGAGGUCAGGAUAUUUUCAUGACAGAAGAACAGAAGAAAUACUAUAAUGCUAUGAAAAAACUGGGUUCGAAGAAGCCACAGAAGCCCAUCCCCAGACCACAGAACAACAUCCAGGGGAUGGUGUUUGACUUCGUCACUCAACAAGCCUUUGACAUCUCCAUCAUGAUACUCAUCUGUCUCAACAUGGUUACGAUGAUGGUGGAAACAGAUGACCAGUCAGCAGAGACAGAGAACAUUCUGUACUGGGUCAACUUUGUCUUCAUUGUUGUUUUCACUGGAGAGUUUGUACUGAAGCUCUUUGCACUACGACAUUACUACUUCACCAAUGGCUGGAACAUCUUUGACUGUGUGGUGGUAAUUCUGUCUAUUGUGGGUAUGUUCCUGGCAGACCUGAUCGAGAAGUACUUUGUGUCACCCACUCUGUUCAGGGUGAUCCGUCUGGCUCGAAUUGGUCGUAUCCUGCGUUUAAUCAAAGGAGCCAAGGGGAUCCGGACCUUACUGUUUGCCUUAAUGAUGUCACUUCCUGCCCUGUUUAACAUUGGCUUGCUGCUUUUCCUGGUCAUGUUCAUCUUCUCCAUAUUUGGUAUGUCCAACUUUGCUUAUGUGAAGCGGGAGAUCGGCAUCGACGACAUGUACAACUUUGAGACGUUUGGAAACAGCAUGAUCAUCUUGUUCAUGAUCACCACAUCAGCUGGGUGGGAUGGUUUGCUUGCUCCCAUCCUCAACUACCCACCUGAUUGCAACCCUGAAAAGGAGAACCCAGGAACCACAGUGAAGGGUGACUGUGGCAACCCUUCUGUGGGAAUCUUCUUCUUUGUCAUGUACAUCAUUGUGUCUUUCCUGAUUGUUGUAAACAUGUACAUUGCCAUUAUUUUGGAGAACUUUAGUGUUGCAACAGAAGAGAGUGCUGAUCCAUUGUGCGAGGAUGACUUCGAGUCCUUCUAUGAGAUCUGGGAGAAAUUUGACCCAGAUGCCUCACAGUUUAUUACCUUUGCCAAGCUCCCAGAUUUUGCGGAUACACUGGAACAUCCUCUACGCGUUCCUAAGCCCAAUAUAAUCGAACUUAUUGCCAUGGAUCUACCCAUGGUGAGUGGCGACCGUAUCCACUGCUUGGACAUCCUUUUUGCUUUUACCAAGCGUGUCCUGGGUGACAGUGGAGAUCUGGACAUGAUGCGUCAGCAGAUGGAAGAGCGCUUUGUGGCAGCAAACCCUUCCAAAGUGUCCUACGAGCCUAUUACCACCACGUUACGCCGCAAGCAAGAGGAGGUGUCAGCCAUUGUGAUCCAGAGGGCGUACCGCGCCCACCUCAAACGGCGGGGUUUCGUCUGCAAACGUCGGCCUGCCAACAACAAGCUGGAAAACGGAGGGACAAAUCAGGAUAAGAAGGAGGACACCCCCUCUACUGCAUCCCUGCCAUCCUACGACAGUGUAACCAAGCCUGAGAAGGAGAAGCAAGACGACAACAACGAGGGAAAGGGGCGUAAGGAGAAGGGCCGAAACCAAAAAGACGUCAGGGAAUCUAAGUGUUAAAGCUGCAGCUGUGGAACACAUGGACAGCAGAAACAGUCAUGAUAAUUAAUUUAUUAACUGCAAUUUCAAGCAAAAACAAGCAGAAACCCUAAAUCAGACUACACAGAUAUGUGUACAGAUUAAUUUCAUUUGCAAGUAAGAAAACGAUAUCUUAAAAUCCAUGAAUAAAAGGACAAGAAAAAAUUGUUUACAAACUUCACAGGUAUGGAUUCAAUGGAAAGCACUGGGGUUUCUUCAACGCUUGACUCUUUAAAGUUAAACCAAACAUAAUCAGCUCCCUGUGAGACACUGUUGCAUCAAAACCUGAGUUAAACUAAAUCUAAUAGGAUCUUUCACAAAGGACUGAUACUUGAUAAUCACAUAUUAGAGGGCUACACUUCAGGAUGGAACCUGUUGCUUGUACGAGGAAACCAAGAAGGAAAAAAAAUCACAGCAUGGCGUGUUGUUCCCCACAUCUGGAGAAUCUCGUGCCGAUGCUGUGUGUUUAUAAAAAUUUCCGUAAAGGAAAUGAACACUCAGAGAAGAAUCGGCUUCUAAAAAUGAACAGCAGAGAAAUCUGCACUCUUUCAUUUCAGAUGAACUCUAAGUUGAUUGUGAGAGUGAGCAGAGAUCAGUGGAGUGUGAUGAACAAAAUCAUAGAGCUUGGCUGAUUCAAAUGGUAUCUCUGUGUUAGUCAGCAUUAAAUAUACUUUACAUGGUCUUUACAUUAUUUGAGCGGCAAAAAAAGGAAAAAAGAAAGGGAGGAACAACAAAACACCAACAAGAGCGUAAAGAAAAUCGACAUUCAGCGUUUUGCCCAUGCCACCCUCAGUAACUGUCAUCAUAGAUUUGUUAUUUAUACUUAUGCAUCAAAAGCUUUUUUCUACAUGGGCUUUCACAGUGAUAAGGAAAGGAGGCAAAUGCCACGUGCCUCCAACUAUUUCCGACAUUUCAAAAUUAAUAAUAAAUUAUUGUGCUUGUUCAAUGCAUAGAAAUGACUUGCAUGAUGGCAUGUUUUGAUCAGAAAUUCUUGCAUGAAUAAUCAUAGUCCACAAAACAUUAAUACAGACAACCACAGUGGCUUGAUGGUACAUUAAAGGCUGUCCACUGGCUAAAUUAAGUUCAAUCUGACAAUGCUGAAAGUGUAAUGACCCUAAAAUCAUGAUAUGUCCUUUAACUCGCCGAUUUUGGGUUAAGUAGCUACCAAGAGCCUCUUAACUAACUGAAAAGCAAUGAUGACUGAAAGCAAUGUGACACACUGGUGAGGAACAUACCACUUUUUUGCUGCUCAGGAGAUAAUGUGUAUGGACAAGUGUGUGUGUGUGUGUGUGUGUGUGUGUGUGUGUGUGGCUCCUAAAGUGUUUGUUUUCCUUUGAUUUGUAUGCAGCAAUAUUGCUUACCUUACCUACAGCACUGGCCUCUCGGUGCUCUGUAGAUGUGUGGCUAAAGAAGCGAGCUGCGACCCCGGGCUGCGACCUGCUGCACGCCGUUUCCAAACCGGAGUAAGAUUCAGAACGUAGAAGUUGUUUUUAAUUGAAUUUCAAAAAGUAACUAUUUCAUUACUCCACUCCAUCGGAUUACUUUAUAGAGUUCGACUACGUCUACACCCGUGUGUUUUCAUUUUAGUUCAUGUAGAAAUGUUUUUUUUAUGUCCUGUACAUCUUCGCAGUAGGACUCUGAGAGGCAGUGUAUUAGAAAGCCAAAGAGGUUUGUCUUGGUAGUUUGGCUGAAAAAGGUCUCAGGACCAGGCUGCGGUCGCACAACCAGCCACACACCAGACUGAUGCUUGUUUAGUUUCCCUCAUUUUUCUCAGGAUACAACACAGAUUCAUCAUGCUAAUGACUAACAGAUGAUAAUGAGUCAAGUCGUAGGGUUAGGAGUCAGAGCUGAGCACCGCUCGAACCUGCUUCCAGCAAUGAACCUUCAACAAUAACCGCAGUAAUAAAUAAAAAGAGGAACUUCACUGUGAGGCGAUUAGAUUAAAGAAGACGGACUGUAAAUCUAGCAUCACCUGUGAGCAGUACUCAUCUCUGUUGCUUUGAAGAAAACCAAGUUUGUUCAUCACAUAACACACUAACAUAACCUGAACCCUUGUUUCUGAAGCAGAUAACGUAAUAGUGGGGCACUGCGUAAUGACGUCGCCUUCCUGAGCCCCUGAUUUGUUCCGGUCGCUGCAUGUGUGAUCAGCGAGGACACUGUGGGAAGAAAAGGAAAAAACAACUAAACUAAACACAUAACACCAUUUGCACUCGUGCAGCCAUCCAGGACAGACUGUAGAUUAUGCAUUCAUUAAAAUCUAAUUUAGAAAAUAUCAAUUCUAUUACAAAAAAAAACAAAUUUUACAAAAAAACAAAACGAAACAAAACACUAUUGUACAGUACAGGAUAUGAUGCAAACGGCACAAAAUGCUGAACAAGUUAAGAAUGAACUUUUUAAGAAGUCUAUAAAUAAUGUAAUAUAUAAUUUUAUUUUAACGGCAUGCAAAGUUUUGUGUAAAUACAGAAAUACAUAAAAACUACUGCUAUUAAUCUAAUCCUGAAGACGAAUAAUAAUAAUAAUAACCUGAAUAGAAUGGCUUCACUCUCAUCGCCCAGGUCUCACUUGGUUAGACUGUGAACUAUUUGGUAGGAGGAGUAGAUUUUUUGAGUCUCUUUUCACAAUUAAUAAAAAGGGGAAUCGAAUACAAAUAUAUAUUAAAAUGCAAAAAAAGUAUGUAAUUCUAUAUAUAUAAAAUCGAGGCGUAUAUAUAGAGCUAUACUGUAUAUGUAUCUAUGUAUACAUGUAUUUGUACGUGUGUGUAUCUAUGCACACACACCUAUGUAUGUAUAUAUAUAGACAUAUACAUGUAAUUAUUAAUAUUAUUAUUAAACCUCCACUGAGUUCUGACCUCUGCUUGGAGUGGAGGGGACGCGCCACUGACUGUCCUUCGCUCAUCUUACCUUUAUUUUUGUGCAAUACGUUCAGUGAACGACCAAAACUCUGGCCUGUCCCACACACUGUGUGUGUGUGUGUGUGUGUGUGUGUGUGUGUUUGUGUGUUUGUGUGUGUGUGGGCGGGUCUACUGCUCAGUGCAUGGUGAAAUAUUAGCUGCUUAUGUCGCCUGUAUUUGGGAGGGGAAUGCAGUACCAGCACCUCACUUUCUACACUUAUGUCCUGUGUGCCUGUGUGAAGAGGCCACUCUUCACCACACACACUCACACACACACAUACACUACAUGACACACACACACACACUUUUUCUCCUCCCUAGAGAUCUCUAUUUACUGAUGCAGACUAAAGAGUUUUUUGAUUUUGUGUGUGUGUGUGUGUGUGUGUAUACAGUAGGGAGGACUGGUCACUUUGUGUGUGUGUGUGUGUGAGAGAGACAGAUGUGGCUGAACUCUAGAGCAUAGCUUUUUUCCUCAUUAAGGUACACAGCAAUGCAAUUUAAAUCGUUCUGUUCAGGCUUUAUGUUUUCCAGUUUGUUCUUUAAGUUCCUUUCAGGUGCCUUUUUGCUGCCGAUUUCGUUUGAUUAAAAAAACUUUAGACAAUGAUAAGUUGAAAUUCUAAACAAGUGGAGCUUGUUUAAAAAGAGCACUGAGAAAAAAAUAAAGGAUGUCUGAGACGUCCAAAAAAAAAAACUAAAACAAAAAUGAAAAAAAAACCAAAAAAAAAAAACAACAAAUGAACAAAAAAUCCCCUUGACUGGCAUCAGCCUGACUUUAUCCUCAGAGGUUGUAGUAUAAUGUAGGGCAGAUGAAUGGAGACGUUCUCCUAAAGGUUCACUCUGUGGAGAGAUGUGCAGUCUGCCCUCAGUGCUCAGCUUCUGCCCAUUUCUUUAUUUUUCUAUCGAUAAUAAUUUGUGAUUUUUUUUCUUGGUAGCAUGACUGAGAUGCUCUUUGUCUCAUUUGCUGAUUAAUAAUUGGAAAGUGCUUCUUGUUUGACAAUGUUGUACUCAUCUCUUGCCACUGAUGUUGGAGAGACGAUGGUGUGUUGCACAACAGCUUGAAUUUAGCGAGAAUCAGUGAAAGAUUGUCUUCAUUUGAGCACGAAACCUUUUU